UGUGUUUCCUGUUUUAUAUGAGCAGUGUGGAGGGAGAGAGACAUGGACAUCCGACCAAACCACACCAUCUACAUCAACAAUAUCAAUGAUCGAGUCAAGAAAGAAGAGAUGAAGCGUUCGCUCUACGCGCUCUUCUCGCAGUUUGGCCAGAUAAUCGACAUCGUGGCCAUGAAGACCAUGAAGAUGAGGGGACAGGCCUUCGUCGUCUUCAAAGAGCUCGCCGCGUCCACCAACGCACUGAGGCAACUUCAGGGCUUCCCCUUCUACAACAAGCCCAUGAGGAUACAGUACGCCAAGACGGACUCCGAGGUCAUCGCAAAGGUGAAAGGCACGUACGGCGACAAGGAGAAGAAGAAGGACAAGAAGAAGAAAGCUCAGGAGCCGCUGGCAGUCAGCUUACUAAAGAAACCAGCAGCGGGAUCAGGAGCGCCUGUGCACUCCAAUGCAGUACAGGUGCCGGAUAACCCACCUAACUACAUCCUGUUCCUCAACAACCUGCCUGAAGAGACCAAUGAGAUGAUGCUCUCCAUGCUGUUCAACCAGUUUCCUGGUUUCAAAGAGGUGCGGCUCGUCCCGGGGAAACACGACAUCUCUUUCGUGGAGUUUGAGAGCGACACGCAGGCGGGCGUGGCUAAAGACGCCCUGCAGGGCUUCAGAAUCACAGCGACCUGCGCCAUGAAGAUCACGUACGCCAAGAAGUAGCGUGAUCGUCCGGAGACACAAAGACACUCUGACUGGGAGGACCGGUCCUGGAUUUCCCUCGUGUUCCCAGAUGCUUUUGAUUUUUUGUAAAUGCUUUUAUUUUUAUUUUUGAAUCCUCUGCCGUCGUUCAUGAGGUCGAGCAAAUAAUCCCCGGCCAAUAUUUUGUUUUGUAAAAUAAAAGUCUUUUACAUAA